AUGCUGCACUCUUCCCUCGUUCGCCAUCCAAACCUGAAUCGCGCGUGUUCUCCCCGCAUCACACGAGUAAUAUCUGCUCUACCACAGGGCCGGCUUACUCCGCGAGGCAAGCAUGCCCGCCUUCACUGGAGCGAGCACCUGCCGCGUUUAGGAAUUGCCUCCAGAGCAUCUUGUACCCCCCAUAUAAGCCAAUCGUUCACUUUUGCAUCUGUUUCUUCUCAUCUCUCCCCUUCCUUCACACCCAAACGACAUCAAUCAACAGACACAACCAUGUCUCAAGGCGAGUGUCCAGUUAAGAACGCCAACAUCGGUGGUGGCGGCACCAGGAACCGCGACUGGUGGCCAGAGGCAUUGAGAUUGAACAUCCUCCGCCAGCACACCUCACAGUCGAACCCAUUCGGCGAGAAGCAGGAUUACCCAUCAGAGUUCAAGAAGCUCAACUACGAUGAGCUCAAGAAGGAUCUUCACGCGUUGAUGACCGAUUCGCAAGACUACUGGCCAGCCGAUUUUGGUCACUACGGCGGUCUUUUCAUCCGAAUGGCAUGGCACAGUGCAGGCACAUACCGUGUGUUCGAUGGACGGGGUGGGGGUGGUAUGGGACAACAGCGAUUUGCUCCACUCAACAGCUGGCCAGACAAUGUCUCACUUGACAAGGCCCGACGUCUGUUGUGGCCAAUCAAGCAAAAGUACGGCAACAAGAUUUCUUGGGCAGAUCUCUACCUGCUCACUGGCAACGUCGCUCUCGAGUCCAUGGGCUUCAAGCCCGAGGGUUUCGCCGGUGGUCGUCCAGACACCUGGGAGGCGGAUGACUCCGUCUACUGGGGUGGCGAGAGCACAUGGCUCGGCAAUGAGGUCCGAUACUCCAACGGCAAGGAGGGUAUCCAGGGCACACAACAGCCAGGUGCUGGUGUUGUCGAUGGUGACCAGUCGAAGAAGGAGCACAAGGACAUUCACUCCCGCGACCUCGAGGAGCCAAUUGCCGCUGCCCACAUGGGUCUGAUCUACGUCAACCCAGAAGGUCCAGACGGUGUCCCAGACCCAAUUGCUGCAGCCCGCGACAUCCGCACAACUUUCGGCCGCAUGGCCAUGAAUGACGAGGAGACUGUUGCUCUCAUUGCCGGCGGUCACUCUUUCGGAAAGACCCACGGUGCUGCUCCUUCCGACAACGUCUCGCAAGAGCCAGAGGCUGCACCAAUCGAGUCCCAAGGUCUCGGCUGGACCAACAAGCACGGCUCCGGCAAGGGCCCAGACACCAUUACAUCUGGUCUCGAGGUCAUCUGGACCAAGACUCCAACCAAGUGGAGCAACAACUACCUUGAGUACUUGUACAAGUACGAUUGGGAGCUUACCAAGUCUCCAGCUGGCGCAAACCAGUGGGUUGCUAAGACCGAUGACAACAUCAUCCCAGACGCCUACGAUGCCAACAAGAAGCACAAGCCAACUAUGUUGACUACCGAUCUCUCCCUUCGAUACGACCCAACCUACGACAAGAUCUCCCGCCGCUUCCUCGAGAACCCAGAUCAGUUUGCUGAUGCCUUCGCCAAGGCCUGGUUCAAGCUGCUGCACCGUGACAUGGGUCCACGAUCCCGUUGGCUCGGCCCAGAAAUUCCAAAGGAGGUGCACAUCUGGGAAGACCCAGUGCCAGAGGUCGACCACAAGCUCAUCGAUGCCAACGAUGCGAACCAGCUCAAGCAGAAGAUUCUGUCUUCUGGCAUUGGCACAUCCGCUCUUGUCCGCACUGCAUGGGCAUCUGCAUCCACUUUCCGUGGUAGCGACAAGCGUGGUGGUGCCAACGGUGCCCGCAUCCGCCUUGAGCCACAGAAGAACUGGAAGGCAAACAACCCACAAGAGCUUUCCAAGGUCCUCAGCGCGCUUGAGAAGAUCCAGCAAGACUUCAACGGCGGCGGCAAGAAGGUGUCUCUCGCCGACUUGAUCGUCCUUGCCGGUAACGCUGCAGUGGAGAAGGCAUCUGGUCUCCAGGUUCCAUUCAGCGCUGGCCGCACAGAUGCUACCCAGGAGCAGACCGAUGCUACGACAUUCGAGCACCUCGAGCCAGUCGUUGACGGGUUCCGCAACUACGGCUCAUCGCCACGCCCACAUCGUGUCCGCACCGAGCAGUUCCUCAUUGACCGUGCCCAGCUUCUCCAGCUUUCUGCACCAGAGAUGACUGCUCUUGUUGGUGGUCUGCGUGCACUCAACGCCAACUGGGACGGCUCCAAGGUCGGUGUCUUCACCACCCGACCAGGCCAGCUCACCAACGACUUCUUCGCCAACCUUCUCGACCACCGCCUUGACUGGAAGGCCACUGGCUCCGGCAAGGAGCAGUAUGAGGCUGUUGACCGCAAGACUGGCGAGAAGAAGUGGGUCGGCAGCCGAUCUGACCUGAUCUUCGGUUCGCACGCUGAGCUGCGUGCCAUUGCUGAGGUCUACGGCAGCACCGAUGGUGAGGCCAAGUUCAAGAGCGAUUUCGUCGCUGCUUGGGCUAAGGUCAUGGACCUUGACCGCUUCGACCUUACCAGCAGCGGUAACACUCCUGCCUCCGCCCGUCUGUAG